AUGCAUUUGGAGCCACUUCUAAGGAAAAACAGAAGCACUCACAGCUAUGAUGUGGUUGACAGUAUUUGUAGUCGGAGCCAAGUCAAGCCUUCCUCUGGAGGAAAGCUGGAAGCCUUUAUGGGUCUUGUCAGUGAUCACGUAGCCCACAGGCCCCUUCUCGCUGCUGCCCAAGGCCGAGGCUUUCCCGGCAGGCGGCUGCGGAGCACAGUGCACUCAUUGAUCCCCGGGCUGUUUCUCUGGGUGGGGAAACCAACACCGUAUCAGCAAGCAGCUGGAGCGGUGGCCCUCUGGAUGACGAAAAGCGAUUUGGCUCGAAAAAGCCCCCUACAGUUUGUUUGUGCAGCGGGGCUCAGGCCUCCUGGCGAAGCAUUGUCUUACAAAUUGGUAGAGGAUGAACUUGCAUUGUUAGAUAAAAGCAUAAAUGAAUUUUGGAAUAAAUUCAAAGGCAAUGUCAGUGACAUCUCCUGUCAGAUGGUGGGACUAAGAGAUACCUACAAGGACAUCAAUAAAGCAUUUGCAGAAAAACUAUCUGUGAAAUUAAAGGAAGAAGAACGAAUGAUUCAGAUACUUCUGGAAUAUCAAAAUCAGAUCUGCAGGCAGAAUAAGCUCAUUCAAGAAAAGAAAGAUAACCUGUUAAAGUUGAUUGUUGAAGUAAAAAGCAAAAAGCAGGAAAUGGAAGUACUGACUGCAAAUGUCCAGGAUCUUAAGGAAGAAUAUGCUAGAAAGAAGGAAACUAUAAAUACUGCUAAAAAAGCUAGUGAAGAGAGGUUGAAAAGGCUCCAAAAAUCUGUAGACGUGUAUAAAGAUCGACUUGGACUAGAAAUUCGAAAAGUUUAUGGUGAUAAAUUGCAGUUUAUAUUCACUAAUGUUGACCCUAAGCAUCCUGAUAGCCCAUUUAUGUUUUGCCUACACCUAAAUGAAGCAAGGGACUAUGAAGUGUCAGAUAGCGCUCCCCAUCUUGAAUGCCUAUCAGAAUUUCAAGAGAAUGUAAGGAAGACCAAAAAUUUUUCAGCUUUUCUUGCCAAUGUUCCGAAAUCUUUUAGUACUAUGGCUUAUAAUUAA